AUGUCCUGGUGGCUGCCUCACUGCAGCAAAGGAGAUGCUAACCUCCUCCGGAAGAUCUUUGUUGACCUGGGCUUUGAGGAAACCACUCAGAAUGCGGCUGGCGCUAGCUCUUCUCGUGUGGGACGCUCUGAUCCCAACCUGGUGGCAGGUCCUUCUGGCCUUCUAGGCAAGGUCAGUGACAAUGAUGAGGACGAAGAUGAACUUGGCAAUGAUCAGCAUCAUGAUGAGCAGGUACAAGACAACACUCCACGUCCGUCAGAACAAGAGGAAGAAGAGGAGGAAGAGGAGGUCGAGCUCCAGCAGAGACGUACAUUUCCCGUGAUAGACAUCAACGAGCUAUCUCAGCUGUUGAAGAACCACAAAGCUCAGAACUCAUGCAGCUAUAUACACUGA